AUGAAGACAGUUGUAAAUGCAGAACAGCGUGUGACUAAUGUCAAACAACCUGACCAAUCACUCGUGCAUCCUAUGCCUGUAAAGCCCCCAGACGGUGGAUGGGGAUGGAUUGUCACCAUUUCCAGUUUUUUCAUCAGUAUGAUCGUAGAUGGCGUAAGCUCUGUAUUUGGGAUAUUUUACCCGGAAUUCCUACGCGAGUUUGGAGAAAGCAAUGGAAAGACGCAAAUCAUAAAUUCUGUCAUGUACGGAACAAUCCUAACAUUAGCUCCUAUCACAGGUGUAGUGAUAACAAAAUAUGGUGCUCGGAGGGUAGCCAUCUGUGGUGGACUUCUAUCCAGUAUUGGAUUUUUUCUCUCGACGUUCUCACCAAACCUUGACGUUAUGAUCCUGUUGUACGGAUUCGUAGGAGGUUUUGGCAUGGCAUUACUCUAUCCUACAUCAAUGAUAAUGGUUGGCAUGUACUUCGAAAAGCGAAGGGCUUUGGCUAACGGAAUAGCCGUGUCCGGAUCUGGAGUUGGUGCAUUAGUAUUCGCACCAAUUAGCGAGUUUCUCCUCGAGACCUAUGGCUGGCGUGGAACUCUAUGGAUUAUGUCCGCUGUUGUGCUCAACACUGUGGUUUGUGCCUCAUUAUAUAGGCCUAUUGGUGAACGAGAAACUUCUGCUAGUCCUCCGACCAAUAGAAAUGAGACAGGAGUUCAUAUGAACAAACCAGGAAGUAAUAUUGCGUCCAAAUGUUCCAAGGCGUGUUAUAUUCUAAAGGAUACAUUUAAUUUCUCAUUGCUGACGUACCCUGCUUACCUCCUGUUGUUGUUGUUGUCUUUCCUGUAUUUAUUAGGGUAUUCGAUUCCUUUCAGUUACCUGCCAGUCCAGGGAGCAUCUGUUCAGCUGUCCUCGCGGGAAAGUGCUCUUCUCAUUUCGAUAAUCGGGAUAUCGAGUACAAUUGUUCGUGUGUUAGUAGGCUACUUGUCAGACAAACCUUGGGUCAACACUCUCAUUCUGGAGAGUACAAUGCUUAUAAUUGGUGGAGUGUCUACAUGCUGUGUUCCUUAUUUCACAACGUUUAUCACUCUUUCGGUCUAUUCAGCAGUUUAUGGUGCAGUCUCAGCAACGUACGCAUGUCUGAUAGUUGUGAACCUGGUGAAGUUAAUGGGGUUACAAUACCUGUCCAGCUCGCUUGGGAUCGCAUUCCUUUGUAUGGGAAUAGGGUUUUUCAUCGGAUCUCCUGUAGCAGGCGUCCUCUCUGACAUCUCUGGUGACUACAAUAAUUCUUUCUUCUUCGGCGGAGCAGUCAUUGGAUUAGGAGGUUUAGUUGGUUUACCGCUUAGUUACCUGGCGAGACGAAAACAAAACAUGAGUGGCAGUGGCUUUUCACCAGAUAGACCUAUUGUUAUGCUUAUUCUCAUCGGUAUCAUUACACGCUAA